AUGUCUUUCCCCUGCUUGUACUUUAAAUAUCUUCCAUGCAGUUGACAGGGUUUAAUUUUAGACUCCACGGGAGGCAGACGCAGAGGGUUUGUAGCUGAAGUCAAAGCCAGAGCCUCUCCAUUUUGCUCUGUCCUGAGUCCUGAGUCAUAGACCGGAACAGACAGGAACUAAUUCUUUUUGAUACAAGAACAACCAAGAAACUUGGAAGACCGCAAAUAUGUCAAACAGUAGGGACAAUGAUGACCUCAAUGAAGAAGACAUUGAUGAAGAUGAACUCCUCGCUAUGCUUUCACCGGAGGAACUUCAGGAGCUUCAGAGUGAGAUGGAUGUUAUUAUUGCUCCAGAUGAGACUGUACCAGUUGGACAGAGACAGAAGGACCAGACAGAAAAGCCUCCGACAGGGACGUUCGACCACAGAUCCCUGGUUGAUUACCUCUACUGGGAGAAGGAGUCCAAACGCAUGCUGGAGGAAGAGAGAGUGCCUGCUACUUUGCUGCCCAGUGAGAAAACUCUGUUGGAGGAAGCUGAAAGGAAAGAAAAAGAAGAAAACACAGAGGUUGUGUAUGAAGUGAUAGAGGAAGUAAUUGAGGAAGAAGUUGUAGAUGGUGCCAAUGGAGAGGAAAUAAUUGAGGAGAUCAUUGAGGAAAUUAUUGAAGAAGUUGAUGAGAGGAAUGAAGAUGAUAAACAGGUGAUUGUGGAAGAUAAUUUAGAGGUGAAGCUUCCAGUGAAUACAGAGAAGCAUGACAAUACAGAGAAGCAUGACGAUACAGAGAAACAUGACGAUACAGAGAAACAUGACGAUACAGAGAAACAUGAUGACAAUACAGAAAACGGUGUGGAUCCUCAAGAUCACAAUACAGAAACAUUAACAAAGAAAAACACGGAUACAAAUGAUGCAAAUGAUAAAGAGAGCUCAGCCUCUGAACACAGUGCAUCACAAGUUGAAGAGCAAAAAGAAACAAAAACAGACACUUUGCCUCCUAAAGAUGCUCCAGUAGCACCAGAGGAAAAUGAAACCAAUGAUAAGCUCCCACAGAAAGACGAGAGGAAAAUUAACAAAUUGAAAAUUCCUAACUUGGCCUUGAAUAAUAUUAAAAUGACAUCGAGGCCUUCAGGAAACGAGACAAACUUGGAGUCAACACUGGACAAGAUCCGCAACAACAACCCGUCUGUUACUGAGGUAAACCUCAACAACAUAGAAAACAUUCCCAAAGAGAUGCUCCUGGACUACGUCAAUGCCUUGAAGAAGAAUAAAUACGUAAAAACGUUCAGUAUAGCCAACACAGGUGUGGAUGAAAACAUCUCUUUCAAUCUGGCCAACAUGUUGCGAGAGAAUCGCAGCAUCACGACUCUAAACAUCGAGUCCAACUUCGUCACGGGUAAAGGCAUCGUAGCUAUCAUCCGCUGCCUCCAGUUCAACGAGACUCUCACAGAACUGCGAUUUCACAACCAGAGGCACAUGCUGGGUCACCACGCAGAGAUGGAGAUCUCACGUUUGCUCAAGGCCAAUAACACCCUCCUGAAGAUGGGCUACCACUUUGAGCAGCCAGGACCCAGGAUGGUGGUCACCAACAUUUUAACUAGAAAUCUCGACCGUCAGAGGCAAUCGAGGAAGGAGGAGCAAAAGCAGCAGCAACUGAAGGAGCAGAAGGAACUGAUGCAGAUGUAUGAGAACAGUCUGAACCUGCCUCCUGGUUUACUUGAGAUGCUGGGGUACUUACCUACCCUAGAACUCCUACAGGAGCAUGGGCUUGUCCCGCCCUCGUCAGCACUCGGUGCUGUGCCUCAAACACACCUCAAGACAGAGCAGAAAGAGCAGCAAAAAGUGCAGCAAAGGGAGCAGCAAAGGGAGCAGCCUCAGAAGCAGAUCAAACAGAAAAGCAUUUCCAAACAAUCCAACACUGAACCAGCAAGUCCUUUGAAGAAUGUGCAGCUCAAGAGAACACCCAAGAAACGUGACCCAUUUCUGGACCAGGACCCAAGGGACAACAGGAGGCCAGACAGGGCCAGUUUCCAACUGAAGAAGACUCCCAGAGUGAAGGAUGCAGGCAGCAGAGAGACGACAGACGAAAAACCCAACCUGACCGAAGUCAUUAAGACUUUGAAGCCCAUCCCACGUAGACGAUUGCCACCAAAGGUUGACGCCACGCCACGUGAUCAGCUUCUUGAUGAGAUCAAAAAGAGCAACGUCGCCUAUCUCAAAGCUGUGCCGCUUCCCAAAGUCCUGGAAUCAAGUGAAACGAGUCUCUUCUGAGGUUAUAGCUUUUACUGUAUGUUUUCACCAUAUUUUAUGUUCACUUUAAACAUAUUUAAUAUUAGUUGCCUUAUUCAGAAGAACUGUGUAAAUUACUAGCAUGUUAAAUUUUCUUUAAAAGUGGGCUGGCCAUGUUGUGUUGCAGUGUUUCAUGAAAUAACGUGUUUAGGAACUCAUGACAAUAAAGGAAUGCAGAAUUAAGAGUGCAUUACCGAUACAGCCUAUUUUUUUAAUUCAUGUUCAAAUGCUCUCAAAGUAACUGACUUGAUUUGUUUGAUUUUAAAUGUGAAUGAUUUACUAUGGAGCGAUUCAGUUCAUGUAAUUAACCUUUUGCUAUUAAAAACAACGUUGCUCCUUG